UUGACGCUGGACACCGCCGGAGCAUCUGUGCCCAAACGCGUCGCGCAACGUCACUACUCCACAAGGCUCGGCACAGACGAUGUGGUACACCGGCGUGGUCAUCGCUUCUAUUUACGGCGUGAUCAGUGUGUUGGGUCUGAUCGGCAACAUCACGCUCAUCAAGACGUUUUGCUCUGCCAAAUCUAUCCGCAAUGUGCCGAACCUUUUCAUGUCCAGUCUUGCGCUCGGAGACGUUUUGCUGCUGGUGACCUGCGCCCCGGUGGAUGCCAGCCGCUACCUGUCAGAGGAGUGGCUGUUCGGGAGAGUGGGCUGUAAAGUCAUCCCCUUCAUUCAGCUCACCUCGGUCGGGGUGUCCGUGUUUACUCUCACAGCCCUUUCUGCUGACAGAUACAGGGCCAUUGUAAAACCCCUUGACAUCCAAACAUCAACCACCACUGCUAGCAUUGUCCUGCGGGCGGCGCUCAUCUGGAUCUUCUCCCUGAUCCUGGCUAUCCCUGAGGCUGUCUUUUCUGACCUCCACACCUUCAACGUCACCUCCACAAAUGAGAGCUUCGUCACCUGCGCUCCUUAUCCCCAUGCUGGGGAGCUGCAUCCUCAGAUCCACUCCAUGGCCUCCUUCCUCAUUUUCUACGUCAUUCCCCUGCUGGUCAUAUCCGUGUACUACACCUUCAUAGCCCGGAGCCUGAUGAGGAGCGCCUCCAACCUGCCCGUGGAAGGAAAUGUGCAUGCAAGACGACAGGUUGAGUCAAGGAAGCGCUUGGCCAAGACAGUGCUGGUGUUUGUUGGUCUUUUUGCAGUCUGCUGGCUACCCAGUCACAUCAUCUACUUAUACCGCUCCUAUCACUACUCUCAGGUGGACACUUCACUGGGUCACUUCGUGUGCAGCGUUGUAGCUCGUAUCCUGGCCUUCACCAACUCCUGCCUCAACCCGUUUGCCCUCUACCUGCUGAGCAGCACCUUCAAGAAGCAGUUCAACCAGCAGCUGUGCUGCUGCUGUCGAAUGAUCCUCAAACACUCCACGCAGAGCCCGACACAUUACAACACGCAUGUGACUUCCGUUCGCAGCACGCAUCACUCCAUGGCGAGUGUGACCAUGAUCAACGGCCGACAGGUCUACCAGGAGGACUGUGUGUGAAGGUGUGUCCGGUGCGUCCUGUAUGCGUUUCUUAACUUGUGAUUUCAGUUUUUCACAAUACUGUAUGUUGCUAUUUGUAGAAAAAUGAUCCUUUCACUA